CACAAAAUGUAAAACUGUUGAGGAGGGUGUUAAAGCCGAGACUGUUUAUGUGUGUAAGGGUAAUACCAAGAAACAACUGCGAUCCAAAUGACCUGUUUUCCUUUCUCCUCUAUGACCUUGCUGGCUGGCUGCACCUAUUAACUUAAUUUGCAAGUUUCAUGCAGAUAGUUUGGAUUAAAUACAAUAACAAAGUAAGUGAUUGAUAAAGUUUCUCCAGUGUUACCAGCAGCAAUUUAGCUUCUGGAAUAUUAAUUUUUAAAAUUCAAUUACUUUUUCCUCUCUAUAAUACCUUUUUGGUUUUUUUGGUGCCCCUUCAGGUGGGAUGAUAGCUUUGAUUUGGAUGUUAAAAUACAAUGAUGGCUUUAAUAAUAAUUUUCGUUUAUUUUUAAAAUUGGGUAUUUUGAUUUUAACUUGCUUUCUCUUGGAUAAAAAGUGCUUUGGGACUAAUUUCCAUCUGUUUAUUUGAACUGACUAAUUGAUAGAGGAUUGGGGAAAAAAAGGAAUCCAAAGCCAUAGCAUGAAAUCCUUGUAUCCAGGCAGGAUUAGCUUUUCUUUAGCCUCAGGGUUAAUGUCAUAGGGCAGCAGGGUGGGGGUGGGUGUGUGUGUGUAUGUCAGAGUUUGUAAUAAUAACUGGAAAUAAAUGCAAAACUAAAAGAAAAUUGCUUGAGCUAUAUGUGAACAAAUGCAGUUGAGCUUGCUGCCUUAAUAAGGCUGGCAGUUAUGGGACUGGGAUACCAGGACCUGGUUCUUUCUCAGCUCUAUUGAUAAAUGAACUUUUGACUGUAAGUAGUUCACAUACAGCAUCUGUAUAAUGUAUCCGUUUGCUUUGAAUGUGUGUGUGAUAAAACAGGUUCACUCAGAGCAGAAGAGGGACAGUAGUGCAUCCUACCAAUGACUAAAUGUUAGUAGGUACUACAGAUGUGUUGCUUUAGACUUUUAUAAAGAUAGUCUUCCUGUUCCAGAGAGCUUUUAAUUCAUAUAAUGUUGAAAAUAUAAGAUGAAAGGCUGGCACAAGAAAGGAACAAUUAAUCUAGUGAUAAAGUUUUGCUUUUAACUUCUGGGUUUUUUGCUUACUCUUUAACAAGUAAUUCAAGAUAAAAACAUUGUAUCUGAAAAUGAAAACUGUGGCCCAGUUUCAAGUUUUCCCUUAUUCUUUCACUCUAGAGUUACAGCUUGCUGCUCAAUCCCAAAAAUAAACUCUGUAAGGUGAAGGUUAAGUGCUAGUAGCAAAUCCUUCCCAAUUUGCAAUGACUUCAUGGUAUGGAGGGAGCUGUAUGAAGCCUGGGGUUUUUUGUGUGUGUAUGUUUUGGUUUGGUUUUGGUUUUUGUUUUUUUUUUUCCUGGUAGCAGGAGGUUUUAGCAACCAUAAAUGUUUCCAGAUGGUAAGGAUAAAAAGUUGGUCUGCAAGAAAACCACCUUCAAGACUGAUAUUCGGAAACAUAGUCGUAUAUAAUUGGAGGGGUUUUGAAUGCAGUCUGAGUCCAAGAAGUAUGAAGAAGAGACACCUUCCCUGCACUGGGGGAUGGAUCCUGUAUUUUCUGCAUUUGCAAGACUCUAUAUUAAAGAUAUAAAAGAAAUGAGAGAAUCUAAACAAGUGCCAGGUAUAUUCUUUUAUAACGGACAUCCAGUAAGACAGGUGGAUGUUUUCGGGAUAGUGGUUCAAAUGAAAGAGCGAGAUGCCUUUUAUAAUUAUGGAGUGGAUGAUAGUACUGGAGUUAUAAAUUGUGUCUGCUGGAAAAAUCCCAUGAUAGCAGAAACAUCUUUAUCAGGUCAUCCAAGCACACCCAGUAGUGUUACUGUGCUUGAACAGAUGAAGAAACUCCAGGAAAUGGUGAGCCAGAAAACCAAGCUGGAGAUCGGGGAUGUUGUCAGGGUCAGAGGUCACAUCCGAACCUACAGGCAACAAAGAGAAAUUCAGACUUCGUGUUUUUAUAAAGUGGAUGAUCCUGUGUGUGAUGUUCAGAUUUCAAGAAUGCUGGAGCUCCCCUGUCUCUAUAGAGAAGUUUACGAUAAACCUUUCCAAGGCCCUGAGGAGGGACAGAGUGACUUGGAGGGUCAGAAUUUCUCAAUCAAUAUGCUGCAUGAGAAAGUGAAAGGCUUUCUAUUAGAAAACAAAAUUCAGACCUUUUACCAACAGGAGUUGGAAACAAUUGAUACUCUGGUGCCCCUGGCUGGUGUGCAUUUACCCAGUCGCAGCUGUCAGGAGGUGAAGUCAAAAAGUGACUCCAGUUCCAAAAGGAUUCACAGUGUUUUUAAGGAAGCAAUAAGGAUGCUACAAGAAAAAGGGCUGGUUUUCCAGAAACCUAGUAGCUCCAAGGACUUAUACCACGUGACUGACCAUGAUAAGGAGCUGCUUAAAGUGACCCUUGAUGUGAUUAAAGAAGACUGUCGAAAACCCAGGCAUGCUGAAAAAGGCUGCCAUUUCCUUCAUGUCCUGAGUUGUGUGCGGCAGAGCUACAACCCCUCUCUGGCUGAAGUGGUGAUGCACCGUGUCUUGGAACUGCUGGAGAGUAACAGUGAUGUUGUCAGCACUAUGGAAGGAUAUUAUAUGGCAUUUUAAAAAGAGAAGAUGAUACUUUUGUUCUGGUCCAUUCAGGAUGAAGGAGGGAAGAAGGAGAGGUUGAGUGACCCUGAAAAGCUGCUAUUACCUGGUAUGAUCUAGAUGGGGAAAAAAAAGAGCAUUCUGAUUCUCCAAAUGCUGUUUUUGUCCAGCUUCAGAGAAGUUGUCCAAAUACUUGUUUUAAUAUUCUUGCUAACUUCCUUGCUGUUCCUAGUGAAAGCUGUAUCAAACUGAUUCUGGACAUCCUAAUAAAGCAGGGGAGUUGGAAAAGAAACCGGGCUCUUUCCCUGCAGUAAGAUGUGACAUGGCCAUCCUCACAUUUAUAUCCAGUGAGCCCGAAAGAAAAGUCACUGCUAAAGAGUGCUGUUUACAGCAGUGGUCGUGUCAGGACACGUUUUUCUGGCUUAAAGACUGAUCUUGUGAUCUUUCCAUAUGGUAAUAGCUGUGGAUCUUUCUUUUUAUGUAUACCUUGUAAUAGCUAGAGAAAGCACAUGCAAGAAACCACCAAAAGAUUUAAGAUUUGCCUGUUCUUCCUGGAAGUGUUGGUGUACCCAUGUCUAUAAAUAUGUAUUCCUGAAUGUGCACAGCUUUCCCACUAUUAAAGCAGUCCUCACCUCUCCCUGAAAAGAAAAAUUCGGGAAUGGGGUCCUGCAUCCCUUCCCCAUCCAGCAACCUUGCUCACUGCUUGUCAAGCAUGUCUGGAUUCCCCUGGCUACCAUGUGCGCUACUGAUGCAUGUUGUUGUGGAUUCUGUUCAGAAUCCUCAAAAUCAGCCACUGUUUUGCUGUUUAUUUUUAAAUUGCUUCCUACAUCACAAAUGGUAAACCAUAAAUCAGAUGCUUUGGAAAAGAAAAUAUGAAAGCCAGCAAGACCCUCUGUAAUCUUUGUGCUCCCUGUUGCCUUUUGUGUCUUCUAUUCCUUGUCACCUUUGGGGAAAAAUACUAUCCAUAUCUGUGCUUGCAGAGGAACACAAGACAUUGAUGAAAUAACAUUGCCCUAAAGAAAGUUAUUAUGCAAGAUGUUUGAUCUGGAAUAAUCACAACUCCGUUACAUGCCACAGUUCAAAGCCCAGAGCUGUUAAGUAUUUACCCUUAGAGAGGGCUUGCUGCUGCAGGGCCUUGGCUGUUUAAUUAAUCUGUUUAAUUAAUGGUGGUGAGACCUUUAACUUGAAAAGAGUAGAAAGGAUUGAACGUAUCCUUCCUGUUUCCUCUGCACCUUCCCUGUAACAGUUGAAAUAGCAGACUCCCAGGAGGCAGAUGUAGUGGUAAAGCCCUAUAAGGAUUGACAUAGCAGGGAAAAAUAAACCAUGUGCAUGAGGAAAGCCAGUGAGUAGCCCCAUGUGUGCAAGAUCUCUGGUUUGUUGUUAUAUGCCUCAUUCCAAGCCCUGGCUGCAGUGAGAUAUAGGCUAAGAGAAAGGCAUGACAAAAUAUUUGGCAUUUGCAUUCAGAGGCCUGUGGAAAACUCUGGCCUUAAAGAGAUGGUGUGUUUGUCCAUAGUGGAAAACUAUGUAUGAAUCAUUCUUUUGCUGUAAAUUCCCUACUUGCUGCAGGGCUCAAUAGUUGGUUUCCCUGCAGGCUGCCCUACUCCUAGUGUUGCUGUUCCGAGUUGGGUAUCUUCUAGUCAGAUCUUAGUAUGGGCCUGAACAGAUACGGAAAGGAUGUACCUGUGCAGAAGCAAAUAAAAGAGAAGAGGAUUAAGAAAGAGUUGUAGAAGUCUCACCCCCACCAAUGCCCCUGAAUGUCUUUGGAAAUCAGGGAAAGAAGUCCAGAUUCUGACUGAAGUGGUACUGAGGGGAAUUACAACUUUAGUUUAUGCCUACAAAAAGGUCUGGUUGGCCACAGAGGAGAUUCACUUUUCAGAUUCCUGGUCUGAUUACUGAUCAGUUUGAAGUGAUGCUUAAAAACAAAGGCUAUCUAUGGAAGAAUUAGUUUGGAAUAUUGAUUCCUAAAUUCAAACUCACUUCAGGAGUUAACCAUAUGUUGCUGCUUGAUUAUGGACAAGUCACCUACUUGGCAAGAGUUUGAGGAUAUUUUAAAGGAAAGUAUGUGGUGUCUUGGACCAUAUGGAAGAGCAUGGCAUCUAAUUUAAGAGAGUGGCUUGUUCAUUCUCUUGAAAUGUUCUGUAUUAGCAGAAGCUGAUUUUGCUGGGAAAGGGUUAAAAGAAGUCUGUUAGCUCAGUGGGAAAGGUGAUUUCCUCUCUUAGGUUAGAAGAAAGACAGACCUGGUUCUUCUGAGGGUGUCAGCCAAGUGUGUGGGCUGGAUGAGUUUUGGGAGGAGCUCUGCUCAGCUAAAUAUUGGAGGAAAAGAUAGUCUGGAGAAUCACGUUGCUCUUUAGGGUCUCUUUAAAAUAAAUUCAUACCAAAAUAGGAUUACGUCUUUGUCCUUUGCAGCUUGUAUAGGCAUACAUGCAGCUUCUAACAGGUUCUACUCUCUCCAACUUUGAUGCUGCACUGCCUGUGUUUUAGAUGUGUUUCUAUGUGUAAAGUCUGCCUAAAACCCCUAGCCACCUAUUUUCUGUGCAUUGGAGGUUGAUGCAGACACAAAGCGUCUGCCCUCUCUGCCCUGCCCCUGUUGCAAUUAAAAGCACUGGUCAACUGCAAAGCCUCAGAGAUGAGGUGGGAGGAAUUUAUCUCAGGAAAGACAGAUAAGUCACUCCGGAAAGAACCUGUCCUUGGAAGUUUUUAAGUUGGUCCUUGCUGGCCAUGCUGGACUCUUGUGACGGAGAGUGCAUUCUGUUGGAGAUUGCUCUCCAAGAACAGGGAAAAGGGAUUUUUCUCAUUUGAGUUAACUCGGGGAAAUAAUAUGAAUGAACACAAGGGAGCCUACAGUUUUUACAUGAGUGAAAGGUUAAGGUAAAAUUAAUGGAGGUGCCUAUCUUUAAGUUACACAUUCUAAUUCUGAAUAACUGUAUGGAAUAGUUGUGCCUUAAGCUUGCAUGCUUUAUUUUUUCCACGGUAGCCACCCAAAACAGACUAACACUUACUCUGGUUGAGUGCAUUCCCCCUCUUGUACCUACAGGGAACACCAUAUGCAUAUGCCUGCACAGAAGUACCCCAGCUAGCUGUGGGAGCACAGAGCUCACUGUAGAUUGAUUUACCCCUUUACUCAGUAUCUCUACAGUAUGCUUCUGUGACAGCAGUCUAGACAUACCCAUAUUGGUAUAAGUCACCUUUAUGUAAGUCUAACUACACACACUAGGGCUUUUACUGCUAAUAAACUGUCUCUCUGUUUAAAGAUCAUAUCCUUAACCAAGAGAGUCAUAUCAUGCACACUGUUAAAAUUCUUAGACUUAGACCACACCCACAAAAUAUUGUGUGGAACAUGCAGUGAAAGCACACUUUCUUGUUUUGUUUAAUUUGAAAACUCGUUAGGCAACACAAUUAUUACUGGUUUAUUAAAGGACUUUGAAGGUGGCACUUUAAUGUAAAACUGACAAGUGAGAAUUCAUGUUGUAGGACUGAAUCAUGGCCAGUUCUAGUUUCCAUAGAAACAGUUAUGGCAGUAAAAGGCAGGUAAGUAAAAUGGAGUUUUUAAAAGCAGUCAGCAUUUUUAUGUUACCUUAAAAAGGUAUGUUUCCAUAGAAAUGCAGCACCUGAGAACAAAAUUACUAAAGAAUCUUAAUAUUUUAUACUAGCAAAAUGCAAGGUGAUCGCUUUUCUGGUGAGGAAACGAAGGAACAACUCUGCCUUCAGUCCCCGCUAUGUGUUUAAGUGAGAGAAGAGAUGAGGUUGCUUCAUGCCUCAGUCUCCCUCUUUUGUAAAUUGGGGAUAAUACAGCUCCUUGUGUAGGGCAUAAGCCUCUAUUUUUUCUUAACAUUAAUCAUUAAAAACUCUUGAGAUCUGUCAAUGGGAGCUGUUAGAGAAGACCUCUGUGGGUAUGUGGGAGAGGGUGAAUGGAUAGAUGCUGGAGCGGGACUUAGUUCUAAUCCAAGCCCCACCUUUGCUAAUAGCUUUAUCUUUCUCUGCCUAUCUUUCCAUGCAUAUUGCUUUGCCUGUCUUGUCUUUUUGCUCUCCAGGUCCUAUGAGGCAAUGAUGGUCUCCCUGUUUUUAUUUGUAUCAAAUAUUUUUCCUGGAAUCCAGUUCCCUCUUAUGACUUCUUAGAUGACUUCUUAAAAUUAGAAAUCCAGAUACAUGAGUUCUGAGUGUUCUUGUUCUCAGAUCUUUGGAUUGUAAAUGUGUACCUAUGAGGGUAUCUAUUUUACGCAAGCUACCUGGGAAAUUAAGCUUUUCCUUCAAAGUAAUAAAUGAAAAAUUUAAAGAUUG